GAACAUUGAAAGGAAGCUUUUUUGAUAAGAUGUGGACCAGUGAUGAAUCAGCUAGAGAUUCGUCUAACUGAUAGUUUUUAUACAUCAAAUCUGUUAUAAAAUCAGUGUAGGAUUGUCCAUUUCUGCUAUCAUAAGUGCAUAAAAUAAUUUCUGAUAGUGCGUCCAUCUGUUUACAUUUACUCCAAUACUGUUGCAGGAACUGGGAGAUGAAGUCCUCCAGGCUGUUGAUAUCUCGCAUCCGGCUCUGGAAAAACAUCAGCGGCUCGCCGAGUAAUAGACUGGACAAUUGGAAACGCCACAUUAACCAAGAGGUUGGUGAUUGCGGAUGGCGGUUGACUGGCGAUAUCGGAUGGCGAUUGGGUAGCAGCAUUCUCUGUUCCUUUGGCGACACUUGGAGCGAUCUGCGGAGACGCCGGUAUCGGGUUGGACGCCCUCACUCCCUCAUCUCUGCCAGUUGGACUCUCAUCGGAAUUAAUCGCAUCGACGACGUUAUCGAUCUUCGUAGAAGACAAUUGGGCCAAGUUUUGCGGGUCGAAAUUGAUGGAGCAUAUGCUGCCUCCUUCUCUCUCCCGUGGGGUCUCCGCUGCAUUGUCCUGGGGUUGUUGAUUGGCCGGUGUCGUAGCUACAUAGUUUUGGGAGUGGUCGCUGAAGUAGGAGAUUUGCGAGUUAGCUGGCGACUGGUUCAUGGUGACGAUAUUAUGGAAUACUUCGAAUAAAUUGUCAAGUGUGCUGCCAUAUCUCAGGAAUAUCAAAAUGAAUUCAGUGAUAGUGCCUAUUCUAGAUAAAAUUGUGUGGUGUUAAAAAUUUCAAGUGUCAUGUACAUAUAUUACGAAAAGACCUUCGAGUGACAGGUAUGACUUCUGACAUAGAUAGAUUGUAAACACUAAUAUAGUUCUUAAAAUUUUAGUUAGGGUCUUAUCUUCCUCAAUAACAACAGUAUUGUGAUGCCUCAAAUAACCUAUAACCCUGGUCAGCAUACAAUGUCUAGAUUCAAAAAUCAAAAUCAAAA